AUGGAUGACGCCAUAAAAGAGAAGCUCCGCCUCGCCACCCUUCACAACGGAGAGCUCCUUCGCAUCGGCAAGACCCAAGGGCAGGAACGCGAACACAUUGCUCGAACCCAGGCCCAAGCACGCGAGCACCGCAAACUCACGCACGACGCAAUUCACGACGGAGCCAUUGCCCGCCAAAAGGCACUGAACGAGGAAAACUAUGAGCACCGCGAACGGCUACUCAAGCUAGAGCGUCAGUAUGCGUCCCAUGAGACAGGGGUUGAGCCCAGAGAAUCGGUCCCAGAAUCCGAGAAUGUGCCAGAAGAUUUCGAACGGUCUGGAGGAGGUGGAACAGAAGAUAACGAGUCGGUGGAAGCGUUUGUCUUGCCGCAAGAUGAUCUGCGGGUGGAAUGUGCCACGGAUGGCAAAGUUAGUCGAGAUUUCGGCUCGAAGACUGCGGCGAUGUUCGAAACAGCUAGCUCUGUGGGACUGUUCUGGACGAUACCGUUGAGAGGUGAAAGGAAGUACGAUCCAUGA